GCCGCUUGGCUUCCACGGCGCGCGGGGCCGGGGCUGCGACGCGCGACCGCCCCCCCAGCGGGAGGGUCGACCCGGGCCGGCCCCCUGCGAUGUCGGCCCCCUGGGCCCGCGCGAGCGGUGCCGCCGCCCCCCCGCCGCCGAAGAGGCCCAGGCUGCCAGGCGCCGGCAGAGCCCACGACGAGCCGGCAGCAGCAGCACCUGUUGCAGACGACGCCGCAGGGAACGUCGCGGGGAGCGACUUCGACGACGGCCUUACUGCCCUGGACGUUCUGAUAGACAACUUGCCCUCGAGGGCCGUCGGCUCCACCACUGGGCCGCUGGCAGCAGACGCCACGCCGGCGGCGGCGCAGCAGAACGGCGGCGGGAUCCUCGAGUGGUCGAAGGAGGACAUCGCGCAGCUGAAAGAGGAUGUCUCGGAGAAGAUCAAGACGCUCGGCAAGUGGAAGGACGACGACCGCACGCGGUUGAAGCUGAAGCAGGUCGUGGACAAGAUUGCCAAGGAGGUGGAGGCCCACCCGCCCGCCAGCGCCAGCGACCGCAUGCAGGCCCUCCGGGGCUUCGUCGGCUCCGUCCUGGGCGCCCGGGGGCCGCAGCUCUGCGACUGGCUGGUGGAGCACCUCCGGAUGCCCGUGCCGCCCGGCCCCGCCGCCAGCGACCCCGCCGCGCCGCCCCAGCCCGCGGGACCCGCGGGCCCCGCGGCCGCGCAGCAGGAGGGGCCCGCGGCGGCGGAGCCGCAAUUGCCCGCCGCCUACGUCGGCAAGGCGGCGGCCCUGGUCAUCAGGAAUCUGCCUGGCGACGUGAGCGAGGAGAAGGUCGUGCAGUUCCUCGCCCCCGCGGGCCGGGUGAGGUCGAUCCAGUUCUUCGGCAAGCGGGGGGCGAGCGCGGCGGCGACGACGGCCUUCUGCGAGUUCCACGACCUGGAGACCGCGGGGCGCGCCGAGGCCCAGCUCCGGGGGGCGAAGCUCGAGGGCCGCGACCUGGCCGUCAAGUGGCCCAGCCUCGAGCCGGGAGCGCCGCAGCCGCCGCUGAGGGCGCCCGGCGCGGCAGGUCCCACCGCCGAGGAGCCCGCGGAUGCCCCGUGGAAGAGGGUGCGCCGCGGCCGAAAGGCGGACGGGGACGAGGGCGGGAAGCCCGGGCGGCAGGAGGCGGACGUCGCGCAGCUGAAGAAGGACGCCUUCGAGAAGAUCCAGGCCCUCGGCAAGUGGAGGGACGACGAGCGCACGCGGCAGAAGCUGAGGCAGGUCGUCGACCGGAUCGCCAGGGAGGCGGAGGCGCACCCAGGAGCCAGCCCCAGCGAGUGGAUCCCGACCGUCAGCGGCCUGAUCAACUCCGUCCUGGGGGCCCGGGGGCCGCAGCUGUGCAGCUGGCUGGAGGAGCACCUCGGCAAGUGCGCGCCGCCCGACCCGCCCCAGGCAGCCGCGCCGCAGACGUCGCCGCCACCGGCACCGGCGCCAGCGCUGGCCCAGCCGCAGCAGGCGCCGCCACCGCCACCGGGGCCGCCCAAGCAGCCGCUCGCCAGCAGCGAGGCCGCGCUGCCGCCUCCGCCGCCGCCGGGGCAGCAGGGCUCCGCGGGGGGCGCGGCGGCGGCCGCGCCGGCGGAGGGCAGCACGCAGGCUGAGCCGCCGCUGCGGGCCCCCUACGCUGGCAAGGCUGCGGCCCUGUUCAUCAAGAAUCUGCCCGGCGACGUGGACGAGGAGAAGCUCCUGCAGUUGCUCGGCCCUGCGGGGGCGGCGAAGUCGGUCAAGUUCUUCGGCAAGAACGGGGUCAACAAGGCGAACGCCGCCGUCACGGCCUUCUGCGAAUUCAACGACCUCGAGACGACGGGGCGCGCCGAAGCACAGCUCAAGGGGGCCCAGCUCGAGGGGCGCAGCCUGACCGUCAAGUGGCCCGACCUCGAACGUGGGGCAGCACCGCCACCCCUGCGGGCCGCCGCGGGGGCCGGCGAGCCCACAAGCGGCCAGCAGCCUCCGACGGAGGCGGCAGCCGCCGAGGCGGCGCCGGCGCCCGAGACGUGGGAGGCCUGGGACUCCUGGGACACCGAGCCGCCCGCGCCCUCGAGGGAGCCGGAUGCCGGCGCGAGCGCCGCGCCACCAGGAGCGGCGGCAGCGCCUCCACCCCCGGCAGCGGCCUCGCCGACGGGGGCGGCCGCAACUCAGCCUGCCGCGCCGCAGGCGCCAGUGUCGAUGCACCCCCCGGCGCGGCCGCCAGCAGGGACGCGCCCGCCGCUGCAGCCGCCAGCGACGCGCCCCCCCGUGCAGCCGCCGCCAACAGAGGUGGCAUCCCCGCCGCGGCCAGGCAAGCUGCUGACACCUCAGCGGCCGCCGGCAGCGGCACCGCCGCAGCCGCAGCCGUCUCCGUCGCAAGCAGCGGGCUGGAACGGUUGGAGCAGCUGGGACAAGUCUUCUGCAGCAGAGUCUCAGCCGGCGUCAGACGGAGAGGCUGCAGCAGCAACAGCGCCGACUGGGGCACAGAGCGACUGGAGCGGUUCGUGGGGGGCAGAAUCGCAACCGGCAUCUGGCAGAACGUCCAGCACGGCUGCAGCACAGAAAGAUUGGAAAGGCUGGAGCGACUGGAAGGGCUGGGGCGCUAGAUCUCAGGGUGAGCAGAGCGGCUCUCAGAAGAGUGGCGGCGCCGCCAAAGGGUCCGCAGGCGGCAAGCAGUGGCGCGAUUGGGGUCAGGCUGGCGCUGGCGGCGCCGCCAAGGGGUCCGCAGGCGGCAAGCAGUGGCGCGAUUGGGGGCAGGCUGGCGCUGGCGGCGCCGCUUGGGACAAGCAGUGGGAGAACUGGGCGGAGCCAGAGGCGAACCAGACGCAACCUCCAGAGAGCCAAGCGGCGGCGCCGGGCGGUGGCGCCGAAGCGCAGAGAUCCGAUCCCACAGCCAGCGACGGGGCCGCAGCGCAGGAAGCCGCCGCGUGGAAGCCCACGGCGGGCCAGGAGGGCGACAGCGCUGGCGCCGGGCCGCCGGCCUUUGCAGACCCAGUCCUCGGCAUUGCCACGCAGAUGCUCGAAAUCGACUCAAUUUUGGAGCGCGCCGGCUGCGUGGCGCCCGCGGGCGCGACGCAGCCCUGGAGCGCGGCGCAGCCGGCGCCGGCGGCAUCCUUCGUGGUGACCAGGCCGAAGAUGCCAUCGCCGGCGGUCGCGGCCCCCGCCGUCGAGAGCGAGGGGUGGGCCUCGCAGGGCAGCGGGCGCGAGGCGCCGGCGGCGUGGCAGGGCGACACGGGCGCCCCGGGGAGGGCGAGCGCAGGCCCCCCGGCCGACUUCGAGGGCGCCGUGCCCUACUAUCCCUUCAACAAGGGCAAGAAGGGCGGCAAGGGCGGGGGCGCGGCAGGGGCUGGCGCGUGGCAGAGCUGGCGCGGCGACGGCGGCGGCUCCCCAGGGGGGCAGGCGCAGGGGCAGGCGCCCAGCGCAGCCGACGGUGAGACAGACAGUAUGAGCGGAUGGGGCGUGGUCACGUGACGAACGUCGGCAAAAAAACUGUCUGCAAAAAGUGCCUCCCUGGGCCGGG